AUGGCUGACGGGGAGCAGGGGGCUUUGGGAUGCAGGUCGGAGGCCACCUGCGCUGAACACACCUGCGUCUUAAUCGAGGCAGGGGCACCUCCUGCUGGAGUCCUGUUGCAGAGGUCGUCGUCCCCCACUCCUCCCCGCCCUGUGGAUUUUCUCCCCAGGAUCUCUUCCUCUCCUGUUCAGAAGAUGGAUCUUCAGAAACACCUGGAGGCCCUUAGCGUCUUCCAGUGGGUCCUCACCUUCCUCUUCUUUGUAAUGGCCUUCUUCUCUGUUCUCCUGGUCUACCUGCUCUUCACCUCCUACUGGUCUAUCAGCGUCCUGUAUUUAGCCUGGUGGAUCUUCGACUGGGAUACGCCAGAGAGAGGUGGGCGCCGCAACGACUGGAUGAGGCGCUGGAGAGUCUGGGAGCUCCACCGGGAUUAUUUCCCCAUCAAGCUGGUGAAGACGGCCGAGCUGCCCCCGACACGGAACUACGUCCUGGGCUCCCACCCCCACGGGAUCAUCUGUGCGGGGGCCUUUUCUGCCUUCUGCACCGAGGGCACGGGCUUCUCCCGCACCUUCCCUGGCCUCCGGCCCAGCCUGGCCCUCCUCGCAGGGCUGUUCUACCUGCCCGUCUACCGGGAGUACAUGAUGAGCUCAGGGAUGGUCCCGGUCAACAAAAGGUCCCUGGACUUCCUCCUGAGCGGGCCCCCUGGGCACGCAGUGGUCAUCGUGGUGGGGGGCGCAGCCGAGUCGCUGGACUGUGCCCCCGGAGAGCAGCGCGUCCGCCUUCACGGGAGGAGGGGAUUCGUGCGCCUGGCGCUGCAACACGGGGCUGACCUGGUGCCCGUUUACACCUUCGGGGAGAAUGACAUUUUCCAACAGAUCCGCUUCCCUGAGGGCAGCUUCGCUCGGCGCUUCCAGCUCCGUUUCAAGCAGCUGACCGGCUUCGCCCCUUGCCUCUUCAGCGGGGGGCUCUUCUCCAGCCACUCCUGGGGGAUCUUGCCCAUGGCUGCCCCCAUCACGGUGGUGGUGGGGAAGCCUAUCCCGGUCCCGCUCCGCCCGCACCCCACUGAGGACGAGGUGAACAAUUUCCACGCUCUCUACGUCGAGGCCCUGAAGGAACUCUUCAAUGCCCAUAAAGAAUCCUGCGGCCUCCCGGCCUCCCAGCAGCUCCUCAUCACCUAGAGGGACGCAGACGUGACCCGAAGCAGCAUCAGGGGACACAAGGUUGUGGUUGGGGGGGAGACACACGGGA